AUGGAUGCAGUUAAAAUAAUUCGAAAUUUCCAAAACUUUAACCUUCCGACUACAGUAACCUGCAAUGCUGAAAUAUUUCAACAAAUACAUCACCAUCGUUUACAGGGAGUAUUAUAUAUACCAAACAAUUAUGAUGAAUUAGAUCAGGUUCCUUCCAAAUACUUUUCGAAUUGGUACAAAUGGAUAAUUCUCGCUGAUCGAAUCCCUGAUGCUCUUAAUAAAGUGCGGUAUGAUGCAGAUAUUAUACUGAUAAAACCGGGGAAAUACGGAACAGACAGAAACUCCAGUUUACUGAUCUUUACUUGUUUAGGAUUAGAAGAUCUUUACAUUCAUCCCUACCAUGGUGCAUCUGCAUAUCCAUGGGCUUUUCAUAAUGACAGUGGUCUACAUGUUACGUACGAAAGGGAGAGAAUUCAUAGAAGAUUGAACCUCCAUCACUAUCCACUAAGGAUUGCUACCCCGCUAGGUACAUAUAGUAAUGACUCAUAUAACGGAACCUUCAUUGACUACCUCCACGACAUGUCUAUGCCAGAAAGAGAUUCCGGAGUACGUUGUGGAUAUAGAACUUCUUCGCUAAUAGUCAAAAGCCUUAAUGCGAGUGAGAUACUUCUACCAACCAUGUUAUGGAGCACAGAAGUCCACAAUAGUAGUAUGUUACUAAAAUUGCGCUACGGAACGGCAGACUUAAGUGGCGGUGUCCUUCGAAUAAUGCAUAGCAGAUAUGAAAAGCUCGACUAUACUAUGUGCAUUUGGCCUUUUCGGGUGGGCUUUACCUAUCUAGCAGAGCGUGAGAGUAGUAAUAACAUGUUCGUGGCACCCUUCACCACAGCAGUAUGGAUAUGCUGUUUCGCACUAUUCGUGAUCUUGUUUCUGGCGCAGCGUGUAACUGCUAAGAGCGAGAUGGAAAAGGAGGGAGCCUACAUUGCGGUUUUGGCGACUUGCUUGCAACAGGAUGCUAGUGCAGUUCCACAAGGCAUAUCAGGACGUUGGACAUUUCUCGUUUUAUCAAUUUGCGCGAUGCUAAUCCAUGCCUACUACACAUCAGCCAUCGUAUCCGCUCUAAUGAGUACUGGAAGGAGUGGACCGGAUUCACUGAAAUCCCUUGGUGAUUCUAGAUACGCGAUUGCGUCAGAGGACUAUGAUUAUAUGCGGUAUUUGAUGUUUGAUGUACCAACCAACUGGGAUGACCUGGAAUAUUUAAAACGAAAGAAAAUUACGUCAAAAUUCUACCAGGACAUCAGAGAUGGAGUGAAGCUGAUCCAAGCUGGUCAGACUGCAUAUCAUACAGAGUAUAAUCAGCUCUACCCACAUUUAAGGAUUUUAACCGACGACCAGCUAUGCAAAUUGCAGUAUAUAGACACAGUUCCAGAGACUUUAUCAUGGAUUACAUCAACAAAACGCGGUCAAUGGACGGAUGUGCUAAAAUCCUCGGGUGCCUGGCUGCAUGAGACUGGAUUGGCGAAACAGCUCGUAUCCAGGCUGCGAAUAAAACCGCCUCCCUGCCGCGCAGCCCUGCUCGCUGAACGAGUCAACAUUUAUGACGUCACACCCCUAUUGGGAAUUACUAUGGCGGCCGUUGUUCUUUCUGUUAUUAUACUAGGAAUCGAAGUGUUAUUGGGAAAGCGUAAAGCUGUGGCACCGAAGAAAAAUGAGAUGGAUCUAUUCGAUUCUUAA